AUGUCUGACAUCUCGGUCGUCAACGAUGGGUUACUUCUACUGCUUCAGGCCGCAGAAAAACUAGAUAGAGGUGAGCAAACUAAAAUUUCUGAAUCAUUGCAUGUCAUAUACCUCGGAAAAUCUCGCAUCUUACGCGCGUGUUAAUAUUUCAGACGCUCUUAAAAGUUACAACCAUCCUGAUAAAUGGGAAGCUCGCAGUGCGUCCUCACGAACAUCCUACGAGGAGGGGGCAUCCACUUCUCCUAUGUAUUCAUGCAGUGCGCAUAGACGGGGUGCCUCCUCCACCAGGUAUUAUUGAGUUUAAGUAACGCUAACCUAGUUCGUUUACCAUAGGUGCACUCAUAACGAGCUUGAAAAAAGCAGGUAUGAUUUCAGUUGGAUCUGCUUACUGAAUUUAUAAAGGCGGGCGCACCUACGAACUUGCAUGGAGGCUCUGAAAGCACGUCUUGUUUUUGACAGCGACGUACCUCGGAUAACCAUGCUUACGAUACUCCGGAAAGCAGCCGCAACCAUACACGUGAGUUCUUUGCGAAAUGUUAAUAGCGACAUGAUUUUCAUUGUGCCCUAAAACAAGAUUUCAGGUCUUGGUAUGCUACUUUCUGCUCGACUACGGCGAUUUUAUUUGUCCUCUGAGGUCACUGCUUUCCAUCAUGCAGAUUCUGCGACAGAAGAACGAGUACUUAGAGGCUUGUGAAGUUGGAGAAAAACAAAGAUGUGCCCAGCUUCUUAAACGUCGUCAAGCUCUUCGUAAAAAAUUGGAUUCAAAACGCAACCGACACCUUAAGAUCCAGAGUUGGCGGGAACGCAAUCGAAACUAUUCCGAGUGCUCUGCUCUGACCACAUCCUCAGGUAGGGUCAAAUUCAUUUCUGUCCUCUCCAUGCACGAACAUUAUCGCAACGUGUUAAAAAUGUCUAUUUUGCUGUUAUAGAGGAUUCUGAACUAGAUUUGGUCUCGAGACAGCAAUCUGCCAACGCCUAUAAUGUCCUCUCCAAUUGUGCUACACUGCCGUCGGCUCAAAUAUGCACAGCGGACCAGUUUUCUCACUUUGGAAGUACAGCCUACUCUGUGCAACCGUUCAGAAAGGUGCCACAAUCACCAGGUGCUCUUCUGAGUCCACCGUGCGGAGCUGAUGCUUACGACGCCAGCAGCUCGGAUUCUGGAUUCGAAGAGGUCACAGUUACGUGCAGCGAUGAGACGACUACGGCCCGGCCAACGACCGAAGAGGUUGGGACUCCAACUUGUGGAGGAGUCUACACUUUGCAAGGCUACAACGCCUACUGA